AGGAGAGUCCAAGCAGGGCACAACAGACAGGAAGCUGUUCACCUGGAACAGAGACGCCGUUCUUCACCGGACCGCGGAGGAAAAGCACGGGUCUCAGCAGCCAUGAGGAUGUGCUGUUGGACCUGUGACUCGAAAUGCACAGAUGGGCAUGAAUGUGAGACGUGAACAUAUCACAGGAAGGAGCAUCGCCCUGACAGAACGAUAGAAGUCACACUGAUGUGUAAUGGCAUGAACUUACAACAGCAGGAAGUUACAGCCUCAAAUCAAGGAACUUCACAAACAGCCAGUAAAUGAGCUGAAUAAAGUAGACGUUUGUUGUUUGCUGGUUGAGGAGCGGGUUCUCGUAUCGGCAUUCUGCCCAACCCCUCAUAUCUGCGCUGUGAUCUUAGAAGGUGUUUUUGCUGAAAUUCUUCCUUCAUUUUUUGUUUGCCGCAGAGCCUGUCAGAGGGUGUGUGUCUGCAGUAAUUGUUUUAUUACACACCUUAAAUAUUUGCUUGGUUCUAAUUCUUGUCUCAGUGUUUUUACGCUUCAGGUUGUCGAAAGCCUAAAGGAGCUGAUUGGUUGUUGGGGUUUCUGGUUUCUCUCUAAAGGAAGAAUUACCACAUUGUCUUGUUGUAACUAAACCCAGUUACACAAGUUGUCGUCCUGGUUGGUUUCAGUAUUUACGUUUGCUUUUGCAUAUUUAGAAUGAGAAGAGUGAGUUUGUGAUGAGUUUGAAAAACAUCACACUGUAAUGAAACAACACAACGGUUUUAGCUACAUUCUUAGAGAUUGUGUACUUGAUCUGCUGUAGUAUCAUGGACCAGUCACAGCUUGACAGCACAUGUCCUGAAGGGGCGUUACACUCCGCUGAGCCGUUAAACUAGUUAAACACAGUGACACAGGUGAGAACAAAAGUGUUGUGCAAAAGAUCACAUUAGAGGAUUGUUAUGACUGUGAUAGAAUGAUCCCUGGUUAAAACGCUGCGUCUGCCCUUUCAGUCUAAUCAGCGGUUGGUGGAUUCUGGUUCGCUGCGUGUUGAUCAGUCAGCCACUGCUUCACGUGUGGUUGACGGCUUGCUUCUCACUGCUUAUCUGACCAACCCUCUGUCUCUUCCUGUUCCUGCACUGGGGACGCUGCAGGAACACAUAACAAACGACAUUUGAUUUGAAGGAAGCCGAUCAGAGGCCUCCUGUCUGACGACUCACUACAAUGUUACGCCUGCUGUUUCAUCGAAAUACCAAUCAACGAAGCUGAAGACCUCAAACAUCAGUUACUCGGCCUUGUAGAUUUGCAGUCAUGCUGACAACAACCACUGGCUGCCAGGCAGCGCCACCACCCUGGAGCGGCUUCACUUUGUUUCACAUCUGACCAGUUCAGCUCAGAACCAUUAGAGCCGCGACCGCCAAUUACAUUUGAGGUUGUUUAUGUGGGUGUGCACCUAUAGAUUAAAGUGGGGUCCACCUGCUUUAGAUAAGGCUGAUUCGUAGUGAACAGGCAUAUAUUUAACCCUUGUUGCAUCUUUUGUUUCACCACUUUUCUCUAUUUGCUGUGUUUUUCGUCUUUUUGCUGUGUUUUUCGUCUAUUUGCUGUGUUUUUCGUCUAUUUUCUGCGUUUUUCGUCUCUUUACUGUGUUUUUUGUAUAUUUUCUGCGUUUUUCGUCUUUUGCUGUGUUUUUUGUAUAUUUUCUGUGUUUUUCGUCUCUUUGCUGUGUUUUUUGUCUAUUUUCUGCGUUUUUCGUCUCUUUACUGUGUUUUUCGCCGCUUUGCUGUGUUUUUCGUCCCUUUGUGCCGGUUGCCUGCAGAGACGUUGCUGCUGUAUUUCAUCCUGUGUAGAAUCGGUGCUCGGACUCGCUCCCCGGCCAAACAUCCCGCGUGGAGCACACUCAAACACUGUGCCGUGCACGCUUGUGUCCGUCUUCUCUUCAGGUUGUGCGUGCAGCCUCCAGGGGGCUCCGCUCCGGUGGGGUCGCGUGCGUCCGGUCCUGACUGCAGGUUUGCAGACCUCGUGCGCGGCUGGAUGUACUUCAGAGUGCAGCGGAGCUGCCUGGAUGAUGAUGCGGAGGCGACAGCCUCGUCCCCCGCGUCCGUCCUGCGUGGGGGCGCCCCCCUCGACCACCUCAUGAGCAGCAGAACGGGGAGGAGCUCUCCUCUCGCGCGGCUCCUCCUCCCAGAGCCCUGCGUUGCCUUCACUUGCACCCACAUACGCUCGCCUCCGCCGCCUGCCUCUCGCUGCUCGGUCGAUAUGAGGAGGAGGACGAUGGUAAAAAAAGCAGUGACAAACUAGAGAGGAGACGCGGGGGACCGCGUUUUCUUCCGCGCGGAAAAAGGCGUCACGCGGGAUACGGAGCGAAGGACGGGGAGAAAGAGGAGCCGCAUCACGGCGAGAGAGAGAGAGAGGGAGAGAGAUAGAAAACACGGUGGGAGGCGGCGACAGCGGCUCGUAAACACGACAGAAAACGGCGAAUAGGACGGCGGACAGCGGCGAUCGCCCCCCACCGCCGGCCCGCGCCCCCCUCAUCUCCGCAUCUCCAUCCGCUCCCGCACCGCGCGGCGCCGCUCAUCCCCUCGCGCUCCAAGGACGCCCGCUGUUUACUCAGUGCGACCAGCCGCUCUCACAAUAAACACCCGAGGCUGGACGAGAGGCUGAGCCGCCGCCGCGACCGACGGGCUCCAGCUCGGGACGGACGUCGGCGGAUAAAAGGCGGAGGAGGAGGGGGAGAAACGGCGAGAGGACGGUGGAGUAACGGGGCUGAAGCGGAGACGGGGACGAUACGGCUUCUCCAAUGCGAUGGCGUAGCGCCUUCUGCAGCACAUCCACGCGACUAGACGCAGACCAGCAGGGUUCCCAUCCACCAUGAGCCUCUGAAAGACAUCACACACGGCACAGAUGGGAUGAAAAUGCGACGGCACAGGGUGUUCUUGCUGUGCACGGUGGGCCUGUGCGUCAUCUCCUUCCUCCACUACUACAAGACCCUGCACUAUGUGUCGCUGCUGCGCGAGCUCUCUGCUCCGUACCCCAACAUCAAGUCCUUCAUCAUGGUGUCUGGCUUCUUCUGGAGGGAGAAGGGAUUGGCUGCCACCCCACUCAGCCCCGCCUCCCCGGAAGGGGCCCCGCCCCUGCCGGAUGCGCGCCAGUUCGACGCCCUGGGAGACCUGGGGAUUAAGGGUGUCUUCAUCGCUGGAAAGGCUGGCAGAGCAGACGUAGAGAGGCCGCGGGAGGAGCCGGCGCCUCCUCACCCUUGGGAGAAACCAAAGGAGCAUGAGCGGGAAGACACUCUGGACGAGGAGAAAGAGAGAAGCCGGUUGAAGGUGCACAACCCCAGCGACCAAAGGGCUGCACUGGGUGGAAAAGCCUCCGAGAACAAUCAGCUUCCAGACAUAGAAGCCAUGGGAAACCUGCACAUGCGCAGCCACCAGCUACAAGACGACAAAACCUCGUACUUUGUGCACUACCGAAAUGGAGCGUUCUGCUUCAGGCAGGGCGUGGAGGUGGCCACGCCCAAGGAGUACUCUGGGAAGGCGGGGGCCGCGUUGGCCAAUGAGCUGGAGAAAGGUCCCAGAGCUGCGGGGCAGCGCAAACCCCUGGAGGUGCAGCAGCAGCCGUCCCUCUCGCCCAGGUCCAAGGCUGCCAAGGGCAGCAGGAAGCGCGUGGUGAACUGCGCGUGCCGGGCCGGGUGGCACGGACCCUACUGCGGCGUGCCCACCAUGGUGUACCACUCCAACCUGCCCACCAAGGAGCGCCUGAAGCCCCGCGACACCCCGCGGAGAGUCAUCAACGCCAUCAACGUUAACCACGAGUUCGACCUGCUGCACGUCCGCUUUAACGAGCUCGCCGAGGCCGUCGAUCUGUUCCUCGUGUGUGAAUCCAACUUCACUGCCUACGGGGAGAGGCGAUCUUUGAAUUUCCUGCAGCUCCUCCUCAAUGGAACCUACAACUACGUGCGUCAUAAGAUCAUGUACGUGUUCCUGGACCACUUCCCAGAGGGCGGGCGUCAGGACGGCUGGAUCGCCGACGACUACUUGCGCACCUUCCUGACGCACAACGGCAUGUCCAGGGUGCGCGGCGCCAGGUCGGACGACGUCUUCGUCAUCAACGACGCCGAUGAAAUCCCGGCCCGCGAGGGGCUUCUGUUCCUCAAGCUGUUUGACGGCUGGACGGAGCCCUUUGCUAUACACAUGCGGAAGUCACUGUACGGCUUCUUCUGGAAGCAGCUCGGGUCCCUGGAGGUGAUUUCAGGCUGCACGGUGGGGAUGCUCCAAUCCGUCUACGACGGCGACGGCAUCAAGCUGCGGCGGCGUGAAUACUACACCAUGCCCGGCUUCCGCAAGUACGAGAACGACACGGGCCACAUCCUGGUGCAGUGGUCGGUGGGAAGCCCCGUCCACUUCGCCGGCUGGCACUGCUCCUGGUGCUUCAAGCCGGAGGGGAUCCACUUUAAGCUGGUGUCGGCGCAGAACGGAGACUUUCCCCGCUGGGGCGACUACAGGGAGAAGCGCGACCUCUCGUACAUUCGCAAACUGAUCCAGUCGGGGGGCUGGUUCGACGGCUCCUUUCAGGAGUAUCCGCCCGUAGACCCCAAAGAGCACAUGUACGCCCCCAGGUACAUGCUGGAGCACUACGACAGGUUUCGCUACCUCCUGGAGAACCCUUACAACAUCACGUCCUAAACCCGUCAAAGGGGGUAGUGCUGAGUAACUACGUCUCUCAUUGGAGUGAUACAAAACUCUCUCCUCAAGGCAGCACUAAUGUUCCAGGGAUUUAAAUUGUCUUUAAAAAGAAAUCCUUAUUGAGGUCAUAAAAGGGAAGACUACAGACCGUCCUACGAGGAUUUGUGGACAUGGCGUUGCAACCACUGGAUUAAAAACACCACCCUUUCUCAUCCCUCCCUUUUUGAGGGGGGCCGAGCUGUUCUUCAUUUCCUCCCUCCUGUCUGCGACGCCACCCGACGCACCUGCUGUCUGAGAACCCAGCCGUUUCAGCACAGAAGCCAGGAAUCUGCGGGCGUGAAACGUGUGGAGAGCAGAAACUGGGAAGUGGACUCCAUUGUUCGUUCACUUUGUGUUUACUAAAGUUUACAGACCGUCCGGCUUCACUCUCUCCCUCCUGAUGUCUUCCUGUUGAAUUGGGAACCUCCUUCCAGAAGCACGCACGUGUGUUGGGUUUCAGUACUCGGGUUAUGAUUUCUGUUCAAAGCCCACCGUUCAUGCCACCAAAUGAACCGGAUUAACUUAUUGCAGGUGCUUCACCUCAUGCAUCCAGUCACAUGUAUCACAUGCACCUUAGUUCGUUCUGCGUGCUGUAUUUGUAAAAUGUGCGUGGGGUUCGUCUUUGUAUCAUUUUGUGAGGUUUUGGCUUGUUGUACGUGAGGCUCGGUUCCCCUGAGCCGGAGCCGGAGCGAGUGAGCACCUCCCACCUCUGAGGGUCCGAGGCUCCGAGGGUCCGAGGGUCCGAGGGUCCGAGGGUCCGAGGCCCCGAGGCUCCGAGGCGCCGAGGGUCAGAGGCUCAGAGGCUCCGAGGGUCCGAGGCUCCGAGGGUCCGAGGCUCCGAGGGUCCGGCUCACUCGCUGCCGCUCGGCCCGUGCGACAAGCGAAGAUCACUUGUCAGUUCCGUCUCUGUCUGCAGCUGGGGGACUAGAGGACUUUGUUUCCUUGGAAACUAGUGACUGAGUUGAUGUUAUUAGGAUGAGUGGGUGGGUUCACAUGAGGCAGGCAGCUGCAGCGUUCAGAUGAGGUCAGCGCUGACUGCAGUGUAGGUCUCCUCUGUUAAAUAUUCUUCUGCUCCUCAGCUGUCAGUCGCCCACACUGAGAACCACUCGGAGCCCUUUCCGUCUUCCUCCUCCUCUUUUUAUGCCACCAAGCGUCUUUUUGUUGUCUUUAUGCUUUGUGUUUCCUUGUAUUCCUCAUGCAGCAGACAUAUGUUUCCCUCUCUUCAAGUUAUUUUCCAGAAAUGCCUCCUAACUUUUCACACCGACGCUCGUGCAUUGAGUCUUCACUCUGUUUUGAACGUGUGUCUGCUUCCUCCUAAUCCUCUCAGCCUCAUUACUCUCUUCCCCGUUUCCACGAGGACAGACGGGGCGUUACCAUGGCGAUACCUUCCCCCUGCCCACAGAUCCUUAUCAUCCCGUGCUUAUUGCUUUCUCCCUGUGGUAGCCGGCUUUUGAUGUGGCCAGACGCCUGAAUAACCCAGACGAGCUGGCGAUGGCGCCGUCGCUCUGAGGCCGCGGGUGCGUCGGGCCGCGUCAAGGCCAGAAGAAUCACAGCGCCACGACGUCAGCGUCUUUCACAGCAGAAGACAACGACGCAGAUCAAAGGCACUGAAUGCACUGAGCUUUCUUUUAAUUGCAUCCACCAUCUGUAGACGUAGGCGCUUUAAGGUCAUCAGCUCCUCAAGAAAACCUGAGAGAAUCCUUUCCAAACCUGAGCGCACGGCUGCACAGGACUGAAAAUGAGUUCAGGCUCAAGGCGAAGUUUAAUGUUUGCAGAAUGUUAGAAAUGCUCUUUUGUCUGAGGGUUGAAUCAGCAGUGACACACAGAUUUUGUGUAACUGGACUGAAUGCUCCUGGUUCCAUCAGCGCAGCUCGGCGCCACUGUGAGCGUGUAGUGGGAGCAGUCGAUGGGCCGACGGGGCCCUGACAGAUGUGUGGGUUCACGCGGCUGCCGCCUCAGAGGCAGCAGCUCCGCGGCAGCAGCUGUUGAGGAUUUGGUGUCGGUGUCGGGAGCCAAACUCCCGUCCAAACCCAGAGGGCUGCGGAGAAACGAGCUUUAAAUAGGAUUUGACGUGAGGCGGCCGAGCAGAUGACAAUGCUGGAUUAGUCCUUUUGUCAUUUCUGCCUUUGGAAAAACAAACUGAUGGAUAAUGAGUUAACACAGUUCCUCAGCAAAGCGCCAUCUAAGAAGCCCGACUGCAGGGUGCUGGUUCAGUCCGUGUGGGAUUGUGUGUGUUUGUGCCAGGAGGAGUCAAACCCGGGUUCACGUGCAGCUCUCAGGCUGGAGGCAGCGCUGCAUCGCUGGCAUAUCAGACCUGUGCACCUCCACCCCAGCUGUGUGUCAGUGACUCACGCCAGAUAAUGGGGAGCGCGGGCCACGGUUACCUCACUCAGCCUGUUGCCCCGUUAUUGCUAUGGCAACCGUCCUCCUGAUGAAUUCUUGAGAUCCCCAAGAGCCUGAAGUCAUUAAAGAGCAGAGCAGCAGAUAUGAAACGAUGUGGCCAAAUGAAGCAGGGCUUGGAGUGGACGGGAGCUCCUCAGCUGAUCUUAGUCUACAGCCAGUAGAACUUAAACAAGGCCAUAAACCGUCCAACCUGACGAUGACACACUUUUUUAUUGCAUUUUAUCCACCUUGUCUUUUACCACAGUGACCGACCCUUUACCAAAGACUGAAUCAUCUGGCUGUGAAACACUAAAACAUAAAUGAGACGGAGCGGAGCUUUUAAAUUGUGUUGCUAGGAAACGACUUUUACCUCCUCUCAGUUAUGAAAAUUACACCAUUCAUCCAUUUAGCUUGUGUAUUGUAAGAUUAUUACAGAGGUCACUGAUGAACCUAUCAUUAGGAAAGGUUUCUAAUAUGUGACGGCCUCCAGCGAUGCGUCCGUGCUAACCAGCCACCAACACAUUAGUAGUGUUUCCUGCACACAUGCCCCCCCCCCCUCCCCAUCCUGUGUUCGAGUGGCCACAGGGCUCACUCCUUCCUGGCUGCGGCCUCCUGGCGGCUCGGUGAUCUGUUCCAAGAAACGCUAGCAGCCGGAAGUCGGGAGCGGUGGGUGAGGGGGGCGAUCGAGUGAAGUGGGUGCUUUAUUACACGUCUUUUGUUCUGGCAGCUCACGUGGGUCUGAACCCUACAGAACAUCCAAAUGCAUGACUCUGCUUCCUUCAUGGUUCUGACUCGUCCGGUUACGUGUUCUCAGGUUUCCACAUAAAUAACAGCCGUCUUUGAUGGGAAGCUGGAUUCUGCUGAGCGUCUCCACUGGGCUGAGCUCUCUGCCAGACCACAGCAACAGGAAGUGGCUGUUGUCAUCGUCGGGCUGUAAACAUGUUGUUGUUGUGAUCGUCUUGUAAGUGACAGAAGUCAUUUUGAGGGAAGGCGACAGCUACGGAGGUGCGCUCUGUUUCUGACCACAGCCAUGGCCCCGGGUGCGAAUCUCUAACCCUCUCACAUCCUCAGCUUCUAGGACGGUUGGUUCACUCCAAUUACAACACAGAUACUCUGGGACGCCUUUCAAAGCUUUUGUUUUGCUCUUUGGGGAAACGGCCUGUGUCUGGGAAUUCAGCCUCAGGGAUGUGACUGCACACGGACGCAGCAGACGCGCUGCUACGACGCCCCGUCCUCACGGCGUGAGCCGCGUGCGGUUCUGUUCAAGGACAGGCUGUUGCUUGAGGUCGACUGUGGGACGAGUGGGUCCAGGCGUCCGUAUGCUGCGACCGCGCUUCAAAAAGAGGGUCAGACAGAUGGAGGCGGUGACGCCGGCGGGCUGCAGAUCAGAUGACAUCACACGGUGACAUCACGCUGCUGAUCGAGUCUGAGAGAAAGACCUGCGCUGCUCCAUCAAAGGCUAAUGCUUUUAUUACUAAUGUACCACAGUCAAACAUGCGUCCACUUACUGAAGCCCGUACUUACAAAAUGCUCUGAGACGAUAAGUCCAGUAAAACACUGAGCCCCACGAGUGACAGGAAGUCAGCAGGCUGGUCUGGGAUCAGAUGGGAACAUAAAGCGUGGACGUCCACAGGCUCCAGGCCGAGUGUGAAGUCGCUGCUCGCUGACCUGAGGCUGAGGCUGAGGGGGGGGUCUCCAGAGGGGCUUGAGUUCCCUGCAAUCAGAAACAGACGGAGACGGAAAAGAGGGAGCGGCUGAUUCUUUGUUUUCUUUCGUUUGGUUUUGUUUUGCACUUAUGGUUUUUACGUGAAGUCAAUCAGUUGUUUUUCUUGUUUUGGGUGGAAGUCUGAGCAGCAGCGAGAGGACGGCCCGCGUUUAGCCUUGUUUUUGUCCAAUGUCGCCCACUUGGCAGCUUAAUAUUUAAUGUCUUUUUAAUGCAGUGUGUGUGCGUUUGUGCGUGCGUGUGUGCGUGUGUUUGUGCGUGCGUGCAUUUGUGCGUGCGUGCAUUUGUGCGUGCGUGCAUUUGUGCGUGCGUGCGUGCAUUUGUGCGUGCGUGCGUGCGUGCAUUUGUGCGUGCGUGCGUGCAUUUGUGCGUGCGUGCAUUUGUGCGUGCGUGCAUUUGUGCGUUCGAUUCAAACUUUCUACGUUGCGUCGGCGCGUUCCGCUUCAGAAGCCGAUUCUGUGAGGACUCUCCCUGAAGCUCCGCCCGUCUGACGGUUGGGACCUGUGGGAGUGGGCGCCUCACCACUACGUCCUCUAAGUCCUGUCUCAGCCUACUGCCAGGACACACGUCCGCCUCACAGCUCUGACCUCCUUUGUGCUGUACGGACUCGGUGGCAGCGUCUGCUUCGCUGUCUGUGGCCGUUUCCUCCUGCUCUUCACAGCAUUGACCGUCUUUAUUUAUUAUUUGCCUUUUGCCGGGUCCGAGGACACAGUGCGGCCUCUGUUCCUCGCCCCGUGCUGUGUUGCUCUCACAGUCACACUACUGUAGCCGCUCUGUUAUGUGAUCUCGCUGAAGGCCUGCCAUUGUGUGGGUGAAAGCUGUCACUGGGGUUUGGGCUGGAACCCCGACCCAGAGGAACCCAGGCAGCAGGAGCCGCUGCUGCCCUCCAGCUUUGUUGCAUGAUUCGCUUCUGACACGACAGCGUUGUGGUUCAGGCUUUUGGUUUUCAGCCCUGCUUUGUUUUAGACAAAGAUGUGAAACGUUAAAAAUAGACGAAUAGGAAAAGCUCUUCAUUCGAGUCGCGUGCUGAAACGCUUCUGCCUGUGCGAGGAUGACCUGCACCUUAAAGAGGGACGGUUUUCACUUCUACAUCAAUAAACAUGCGCCGGAGGAAGAGACCGAACUGUUAGCUGGUCGCACAGUGUGUGUCCUAAACAGGGUUGUGUUUGUUUAUGUUUACUAACGGCAGGUUUUUAUUUUUUUAUUGUUACAGUCACUGGUGUUUGUUGAGACAGAACCCUGAGUCGAAGCCAAAGCUGCACUGACACCGGUCGAAACAGGUCAAACAUGGAUUUAGUAGCGUUAUAGCAACAAAGCACCACUGAAUGUGCAGCCUUGUUUGCAGCAGCGGCGCCACCUGCACUGAGUGGCCACUAGGAGGCGUCGUGCUUGUCCUCGCGCGUCUUCAGUGCAUCCAAACUCAAAACAAGGUAAAACGACUCGGACGGAGCUUGUUGCUCCCAGUGCAGCUUUGGCGGCUGACGGGCACUGAUCGGUCGGCGCUGCCACCCGGCCUCACGUCCCCAGGGCACGGAGCUGUCUGCAGCCAAUUAACCAGUUGGGCCGGUUGCCAGAUCUGUAUCCAUCUAAUUCCCUCCACCCACAACCCCACUGGGUUGCCAGAUUUAGCACUACACUCUUUAUGCACAUUGUUGUGUUUUUAAAAGAAAAUAUAAUGAGCUUUACAGAAAGGGGAACAAUGGAAAUAGGAGCUCAUUGGGCUGGUGUUUAUUUACUGAACAAAACCCUGGUGACUGAGGGCGAGUUGUAGCACUACACACUUUUUGUUUGUUUGUAAAAUAAGAAUGAGAAGUGAGAAACGCAGGCUGUGUCCCUCACAUCUAUGUUUGUCAGCAGAUAUGCAAGCAAUGACCUUUUAUUUUUGACACAGCGCCUUCGCGUGAGCCCAUAAACAGGCCCUUCCCCCGUCCCCACGCACUGAUAAUGAUUGUAUAUGGAUCCAUAGUUUUAUUUUUUAUAUCAUUGUUGAGGUUUCAGUUUAUUUUCGGUUGGGUUUUUUUUUGUUGAUCAUGUUUAAAUAUGUUUUUAUGGGUGUCUAAUCAAGUGCAGGAGAUUGUGUUUUCUUUGUGUUUUGUGUGUGUGUGUGUGUGUGUGUGUGUGUGUGGAGAUAGAGAUUGGGCGUGUUGAUCAGCUCCCAAUGCCUCUCGUGUUCUUCAUGGUGCCAGUGUGUCCACGUGUUCCACUUGCCUCUUGUCUCCACAUCCUUUCAUCCAAAUGAGAGUGAGGACGAGAGAACGGGACGUGAAGGAGGAAAUUUUUCCCCCAGAGGGAAAAUAAAACAGGAAAAUAUAACCAGGAAAGGUAUAAAAGUCAAGGGUAUUUUUCUCCUCUGCGGGGGGCACAAGGAGACUGUAAAUUUCUAAGUUAAUUGAAAAUGAUGACUCAAACAAUCUCAUUUGUUCUCUAUAUGAAUGGCUGUAUGUUAACCAUGAACAAAAGUAAUGAGUUCUAUGACAAAGACAUAUAAUAAAUUAAUUUUAAAAUUUCAA